AAAUUUUAAACAUAUCACUGUUAAUCAUAUAUUUUAAGAUUACCUAUGGAUAAUAAGAUAAAAUAUUCACCAUAUCAACCCAUUGCCGGCCCACUACAGGGCACAGGUCUCCUCCCACAAUAAGAAGAGGUUAAGGCCCUAGUCCACCUCGCUGACCCAAAGCGGAUUGGUGGCAGAUAAAUUAUGAUUAUGAGUAAAUUCUACACUGUUUUACAAAAAGAGAAACUCACUAUCACUUGAUAUGAUGAACCAACUCAUUAAUGCAAUUAACCUAAACAAAGGAGACACUGCAUUAAGGGCAAUAGUUUUAUCAGCUAACGGAAAUGUAUUCUCUGCUGGUCAUAAUUUAAAGGAAUUACAAAUGUCUUCAGGGAUUGAACAACAUAAACUAGUGUUUAGUACAGCAACAGAAUUAAUGAAAUCUAUCAUCCAAAGUCCUGUGCCAGUGAUAGCAAAGGUAAACGGAUUUGCAACUGCCGCGGGAUGUCAGUUGGUAGCCACUUGCGACAUUAUUGUAUGUUCAGAAACAAGCAAAUUUUCAACACCAGGAGCCAACUUUGGGAUAUUUUGCUCGACGCCGGGAAUCGCUGUGGGAAGGAGUGUGCCAAAGUCUAGAGCCAUGUACAUGUUACUAACUGGUGAACCGAUAUCUGCAAGAGAAGCAUACGAAAGCGGACUCGUCACUAGAGUAGUAUCCGCUGAUAAAUUAGAUGACGAAGUAAAUUCAAUAAUUGAACAGAUUAAAAGAAAAAGUCGCAGUGUUAUCACACUGGGCAAAGAGUUCUUUUAUGAGCAAAUAGACCUAAGUGUUCUUGAAGCGUACAAGUUAGGUGAAGAAACAAUGGUUCGAAAUAUUAACUCCGACGACGGACAAGAGGGUAUCAAGAGUUUUGUUGAGAAACGGGAAGCGUCGUGGAGUCAUAAAUAAGGAAUAACAGGGAGGUACUCAAGACACUAGUGGGUAACUACGUUUAAAUCUACUAAAUCAAAGCUGAAUGUACUAAAAUAAAUACUUUAGAAUAAUAAAUAUUCUUUAAUAGCUGCUUAUAUCUCAUCACAGCUAGCAUAGCCAGGAUACAAAAAUGAUAUCCCCUGGCAACGGAUAAAAUUAACGUGUCAACCUGCCAAAGCACGGCAACAGGGAGUAGAAGUUUUUCGCCGUGUAUUAUUAAUUGCAUAUUAUUAUUACCACUUGUAAUGCUCGGCGAGUUGAUAAAGCUGGGAGAGAAGAUCAAAUUUUAUCCUCUUCACCGAGGGAGAAAGUUCUUCUGCUAGCCGUGCAGAAACUAUAAGUUUUCGUAUCAUAAUAUACCUAAAUAUCACUUAUUAUUAUUGUAUGUUAAAUGAUAUUUAGGUAGUACAUUAUGAUAUGAAAACUUUACAUUUAGGAGUUUCGUGAGCACGUAUAUUUUAAUGCCAUAUUUUUAAGACAACGUAAGUAAUUAAAUAAUGAAUUUUGAAAAUAUUUUUG